AUGAAGGAUGUGGCUCAAAGCCAUCCGACCAGGAGUGUUCACAAUGGAUUGGUAAAAAGAAGGAAUGUACCCAAGGAGCUUUAUCUAUCAAAACUAUGUAGAAGUGAGAAUGGCCUUAUUGCAGUACCCGUUGAUGCUAGCACAUAUGGUAGGGGUUUCCCCUAUGCUCCUGAAAAUUGGCCAUGUACUGGAGAUGAAUGGCAUUGGAAAGUGGUGGGAAAUAGAUCUUCUAGGAGUGGGCACUGGUGCGAUAGGUAUCUUAGCCCACCCUCACGUUUUUUUGUUGCUGCUAGAAAAAGUAUAAUACUGAGAAGUAAGCAAGAAGUUACAAAGUUUAUCAAGACAACAUUUCCAGAUGUUGAACCCGACACAUUUUUUUCUAUGUUUAUAUGGAGUAUUAGCAUGAAUCAAAAAGGAGCUCAACAAAUGAGGGGCCUUGAACUUAAAACUCUCACUAUGGAUCCAACUGGAGAGAUAAAUGGAAUAAUUGAGCCAUCAUUAGCACUGGGUUAUGAUAACUUCUCUACAUUUCCUAAUUUCUAUCCCGAAAGUUGUUGCAUUAUCUGCGGUAGAACUGUUGACUAUUCCUUUCGAGGUUAUAACUACAUAAAGUGCGAAGCAAUUGUGGGUGAGAACAACAUAUGUGGGCAUGUUGGGCACCUUGAUUGUGCUUUUCAACAUUUUUUUGCUGGAGCUGUUGGAGGAGGUACUCCCAUGGAUGUGCAAUACUACUGCAGGCGAUGUGAUAACAAAACCAACCUGAUGAUGCAUGUGUAUAAGCUCUUGGAAACAUGUCAAUCUCUUAGAUCAAAGGAGGAAAUUAAGCCUAUCCUAGAUAUGGGUUUAAAUAUCUUGAGUGGUUCAAGACAACCACAAGCAAAAAACUUGGAGAACUACAUGGGAUUAGUGAUGUCAAAGAUUAAUAGUAAGAUUGAACGUGUUGGAGAUUCGAAAAUGGAUCAUGGUGAUGGCAUGGAAAUACCGAGUGCAGGUGAACUUAUUGUUUAG